UCAACUCAAAUGGCAAAAUAUACAGAAGGAAGCAAAGAAAAAACCGGUACCAUCGCUGGUGAACCAUCGAAAAAUGAGAAAAAACUUUGCCUGAUAGAGGAAUCAGUCACUAAAGAACGAUUAU